AUGAGUUUAAUGACAGAAANGUGGUCCAGAUUUGGGAAUCAUCAUCAAAACAAAACACAGCAACAAGCAUCCCAGAUUCUUGUCGGUGGUUCUGAGCAUUGGCACUUUGGCUACAACUACAAUGAUUGGGCCAUCAAGAACGCCCCUUUCUACCUCAAUGAUACUCUAGUGUUCAAAUAUGAUGCUCCAAAUGCCACCAGUUUCCCACACAGUGUGUACAUGUUCAAAAGCUAUGGGAGCUUCUUGAAGUGUGACAUAAAAAAGGCAAAGAUGUUGGCAAGUCCGGUGCAAGGUGGAGGAGAGGGGUUUAAGUUUGUGUUGCAGAAAUGGCAGCCUCAUUACUUUGCCUGCGGUGAGAGAAAUGGCUUCCAUUGCAACAAUGGCACCAUGAAGUUUGCUGUCAUGCCAAUGUUCCGUCCCUUCUGGCAGCGGCCAUGAUAGAAUUGCACCAACUACCGAAACUUGCUAUAUUUUUGUUUAUCUUAUUAUAUGUUUUGUCCCAAGUUUUCUGAAAAUAAG